AAAUUUGUUUUGGUAAAUAUCAUAUAUAAACACGCACCAAAUUAAGGCUAAAAAACAGAUUUGAGCAAAUGAAAACAUGUUUUCCGAAAACAAAAAAGUAAAAAACAAAAACAAAAACAAAAAAAGAAAUUUCACAGAGAAAGAAAAAGGAAACUGCAAAAAGAGCGAGUGAAAUGAAUGAAUAGAAUCUAAGCAUACCGAGAGGAAGAAAGCUAAAGAAAACGAAAAUGAGUUGUUGUUGUUGGUGGUGGUUUUACUCUUCUUCUCUCCACAAUUCUCUCUCUUCUAUCUUUCAAACGUCGCUGUAACUGCUAGGGUUUGCUGCCUCCGAUCCACCGAUCUCUACAGUUCCCGAUCUGCUCUUCCCCUCCAUUGUCUUCCACAGAUCCGACUCUCUUCUUCGUCUCUUCUAGCAUUGAAGUAGACUUCGGAGUUGCUUUUCGGAAUCCCAACUCGGGGCAAUUGCGGAUCCAGGUGGAGCGUUUUGUGGGGUUUUGGGUUCAGUGGUGGUGGGUUCAACAGUGGAGGGUUGUCGAAACGUUGGUUUUGGUUUUGGGAUUUUGGGUUUGGUGGAGGGUUGGCUGUUGAAUUUGAGCUGAAUUAAGGUUUGGGUCAGUGGUGGGAUCUGUGCCGCGGGAAUCUAGGGUUUUCUGAGGUGGAGGAUCUCGAAUUCUUUGCUGGUUUUUGGUGUUUUGCUCUGGAAUGCAAUGUUGUGAACGGAAGAGAUUGGGUUUUGGGUGAAAUUCGACUUUCCUCGUACGAAUUAGCUGUGUUUUACGUUGUGCUGAAGUGGGAUUGAAUACACUGAAUUGCAAUGUUGCUCAAUUCCAUGCGAAUACGGGUUUGAUUUUUUGCUUUCAAGAGAGAAUAUGGGGUUAAGGAGUUUUUUCUCUGGAAGUCGUGGCUGGAUGUAGAGCAUGGGUUUGAAGUUUUGGGGUUGAGCGUUUUUUAUUUCGCCGAAUGGAAGGUUUGGAGGGGUUGAAUUGACAUUUUGGCAAGGGGAAGUCGGUAUUAGAGAUGCCUCCUUCUCCGGCAUUGAGGUGCUCUCCCGGAAGGGAGCUGAGAGGAGAGAAUCACAAGCGGGGGCACAGUUUUGAGACCGGAUUGAUUCUUAGGGAGAAAGAUGAUGAUCUUGCUUUAUUCAGUGAUAUGCAGACCCGGGAAAAGGACAAUUUUCUGGUUCAGUCUUCGGAUGAUUUUGAAGACACGUUCUCAACAAAAUUGAGAUACUUUUCAGAUUUAAAGCUUGGAAUCUCAGUUCCUGCUCGAGGAGAAAGUAGCGACCUGCUUAAUGCAGAUGGGGAGAAGAAUGACUAUGAUUGGUUGCUUACUCCUCCCGAUACUCCUCUUUUCCCUUCACUGGAUGAUGAGACGACAUCAACUACUGUUGCACACAGGGGCAGACCUCGGAGUCAACCCAUUACCAUCUCAAGAUCAUCCACGAUGGAAAAGAGUUACAGAAGCAGUAGAGGUAGUGCAAGUCCACAUCGAUUAAGCCCAUCUCCUCGAUCUGGGAAUGGUAGCUUCCAGUCAAGGGGAAGGCCAUCUUCAGCACCCAAUUCCAGUCCUGCUCCUAGCUUACGUCAUACUACUCCCACGCGGAGGCCAUCUCCUCCCCCGAGCAAAUCCUCAACACCUGCUCCCAGGUCUUCUACUCCAACCCCUCGGAGGAUGAGCACAGGAUCGAGCAGUACUGUGGCUUCAUAUGGGGUAAGGGGAACAUCCCCUGUAAAGACAAGUCGAGGGAACUCGGCUUCACCAAAAAUAAGGGCAUGGCAAUCAAAUAUCCCAGGUUUCUCUUCAGAGGCACCACCUAAUCUUCGCACUUCAUUGGCUGAUCGACCAGCAUCUUAUGUAAGGGGCUCCUCACCAGCAUCCAGGAAUGGUAGGGAUUCAUCCUCAAAUGUCCGAAGACAAUCAAUGUCUCCUACUGCUUCUAGAAGUUCAUCAUAUAGUCAUGAUCGAGACCGAUUUAGCUCCCAUAGUAAAGGUUCUGUGGUAUCAUCUGGUGAUGAUGAUAUAGACUCUCUUCAGUCUGUUCCUAUGGGUAGCUCAGACCGCUCAGGAUCAAGAAGAGUUGGUCCAUUCCUAAAUAACAGAGCUCCUGCCUUCUCCAAAAAGCCAACCAAAACGCUGUCCUCAAUUUCUGCUCCAAAAAGAUCCUUCGACUCUGCAAUUCGGCAAAUGGAUCAUCGAAGAAGUCCUCAAAAUAUGUUCAGGCCACUCUUAUCUAGUGUUCCUAGUACCACCUUCUAUGCAGGAAAAACAAAUUCUGCACAUCGUACUUUGAUAUCAAGGAACUCCUCAGUUACAACUAGCAGUAAUGCAAGUUCUGAUCAAGGAACGAGCGUUGCACUUGAUACAGAAGAGAGUGAGCAAAACCAGGAUGAUGUGGCAAGUGAAGGGGAGAAGGCGCCAUAUCCUGAUGUUCAGGAUGAAGUAUUUAUUCUAGAUAAGGUAGAUGUGGUAAAUGAAGGCAUUGGGCAUAAAAUCAGUGUUGAAUCACAUCAAAGCGAGCAUACCAACUUUGAUCAAGGCCUUGCAGUCGAAUCUGACCAUGGUGACGCCUAUAAUCUCAGCUUUCAUGACACUGCUAUGGCAACCAGUGCAACUUCUGAAGCUUUGCAUGUCAAGGGUGUUGUGUUGGAAUUUGAUAAUCUUGAGAAUAUAUUAGUUUGUUCUCAAUGCGGCGGCAGAUAUCAUGCCAUUGAACCAGUUGAAAGGGAAAUUAAACUUUGUCCAGAUUGCAGAAUGAAAGAUGAUCUUUUAAUUGUUUCUACCCCCGUGACUAAAACGAUAGUUUCUGAUAACUCCCCUGCACCUUCUACGAAGAUUUUGGAAGAAUAUAAACCAUUUGAUCAAAUGGAGCUCCAAAUGGCUGUUUCUGAAUUACCAGAAACUACUGAUAUGGGUGAAACACAGAUUUUCCCAUGUGAAGAGAAUGUUAGGCAAGGGCAAACUAGCCAUGGUGUGCAAAGCCAGAGUCACGUGCCAGAAAAUUCUCCUGCUAGGUCUCUGGAGGAGGAAGGUGAGCAGAGACUUGGAAACCAGCAAGUGAUGGCCCAACCAGAUGUUGGUUACUACACGCCAGAUGGCAACACUAGCAAUCAGCAAUUGCGACACUUAAAUGACUAUCCAAAUUUGAAAGUUGAUAUUUCAGAAGGUGCAGGCAUUUCUGUACUGCUGCUGAAGAGGUCAAGCAGUAGCAAGGGGCCUGUUCUUCAAGGAAGGACCUUCACUGCCACGACCAUAUCUUAUGAUGAUCCGUCUUAUGCAAGAGACAUCACUAACAGCAUGAGAAGUUCUAUUGGACAUGGCAGUGCUUCUGCAUCGUCUUCUGUUGAUUUGGGCUCAGCCAAACACAUGGAGACUCGUGUGCAACGGCAAUUAAGUGGCAGGAAAUCUGACAUGGAGAAUUAUAAGUAUGAUCCAAAUACAAAGCCUCAAAUCACCAGUUCACCUUUCUCUGCAGUUUCAAGCCAUGCUUCCCAAGCUUCAGGCCUUGCAAUGAGCACACAUGAAGACAAUUUUGAAGUGUCUGCUGGCAAUAGACAAUAUGCUGUUGUAGUGGAAAGACCUGUAGCUUCUCAAGGACAAGUUCUAGCUUCAGAAAAUGCAGAAGUUAAUGAUUGGAAUUCAUCCUUUUCGGGGACAUCAGUUCUUGAGGAGGAUAAUUUUGAUUGCAACGAGAGUUGUAGGACAGCGGAUGCUUCUACCUCAGAAUUAUUGAGCCAUGCAUUAAGCAAUCAGGUACAAGACAGUUCAGCAGCAUCAUUUCCAAGUUGUGAAAAUUGUCUCUCGUAUGAGAAUAGUGAAGACUUUCCAAACAACUCUAGGAGCACCCCAGACAUUGAAGAAUCAGUUGGGACUACAGAGUCUUGUUUUGGAGAGGAACACACCAUAUCUAAUACUGGUGUUGAUGGAGGGCCUCAAGAGGUUCCUACUCACAGCUCUUUGGUUACAGUAUCAGAAAUAGAAAUUGAGAAUGGUCAUCAAAGUACCCCAGAUUCACAAAUUGAUGCUGUUUAUUCAAAGGGCGCCGUGGAUGACUUUCAGGAGCCUUCAGUUUCCGCCUCUUUGGAUAAAGAUUUAACAGCUUUGGUUCCAGAGCCCAACACCUCAGAUCAUGCACAUGGCAUGCUAGAGGAAUCGACCAUAGUGGUGGAGGGCCAUGGAAGAAAUAGAUCACGAAGCCUAACUCUAGAUGAGGCCACGGAUACAAUACUCUUUUGCAGCUCUAUUGUUCACAAUUUGGCCUACCAGGCUGCAACCAUUGCAAUGGAGAAGGAAAAUGUUGUACCACUGGAAGGUUCUCGGCCAACAGUCACCUUAUUGGGGAAAUCCAAUUCAGACAGGAAGGAAGCACAUGGCAGAAGUGCUGGGAAACGCAGUUCAAAAUCCCAAAAAUCAAGGCAAAGGCGGGUGGAAACAGACGCAAAACCCCCUUUGACCAACACUGAGAGUGAUGAGAAAAAUGAUGAGUCCCUUCCACGAAUUGUUGGGCUUCCAGACAAGGUUGACAGCACAAAACCUCCAAAGCUGGAAUCCAAGUGCAAUUGCGCAAUAAUGUGAAAGUUCUCCAGUGAGACAAAUCUCCAUGCUCCCUCCUCCAAUCCUAUUUGGAGGAGAUGGUGUUGAGUGUUUUGUAUGUUAGGGGUUUUAUGUUUGAUUUCCAAUUGAUUUGUAAGAAACAGGUGAGGGUGGGGUGUUGGUGACUACAUAAAAAUCCUUUGUAAAGUUUUAAUUUGUGAUUAGGGCUGAUAUUAGUGAGAGGGGGAGAAAGAAAGGCAUUGGAGGGGGCUGCGUCUGCUCCAAGGGGCUGUAUUCUUGUUAGUUAUUGGUAUUUGGUGGUUUAAGUCCUCCAUUGGAGACAAAAAAAGGUGUGAAUGAAAACCCAAAACCCAGUCAUUCAUGAUUCAUUUGAUGAUUGUUACAAAA